ACAUAAUAUGGGGGAGAGAGGAGUGACCCAACCCAAGCCAAGAAGAAAGGCCUCUGUCUGAUUUGAUCCUCAUUUCAGCUGCUUACAUUAACAUUUCGCCCAUUUUUGUGUCUGCCCAUUUCUUUAUUCAUUCCCCAAUAUUAAAUAAACAAGCAAAAGAUAUCCCCCUAGCUCCGUCUCCCAGAUUUUUCCCCGGCCUCAGAGAUCAAUUGGCCUUCUUCUAGAGCAAUGACAUUGGAAAAUCAGCAAAUCGGUUCAGUCUUCUCAAGAAACUAUAGUUCUCCUUUGUAAUGAUCAGGGCCUAAUAUCAGGAUUACGAGGCUCUCCUGCUUACCUUCACUAUAAGGAGGUGGAUCUCUUUGGUAUAUAUACCCUUCAAGUUGGAAAUAAAGCUGCUCUUUGUUCCAUCUAUACACAAGUGAGGUAGAUGAGGAAAUGUUUGGUGCUUGUGCUUGCUUGUGAGAAAUUCGAGUAUGUUGAAAGAAUAGUAGAGCACUUCAAAAGUUAGUAUGAUAGACUAGGUGGCAGUGGUUAUUCAGGAAACAGAUUCGGUGCUCAGGAGAUACAUUUUAUGCAAAUACUUGCUGAGGCGAAUAUAUGCUGUUGAGGAUGAACCUGCCGCACUUUAUGCUUUAAAGAUAUUUCCAUUGGCGUGUUCGGUUUUUCCUCCUCACUGCUGAUGUUGAGCUGCGCCUGAGAAGUGGCUCCUCUGCAUCACCUGUUCACAUCUUAAAUUUGGAAGGCACAUAUCAUAUCAUCAGAAGACUUUCGUAGGGGGAAUACCUUUGCCUCUGAUGCAAGGGCAGAAGAGUACAAUUGAUUCAGUCCCUGAAAAUGUUGAUAUCAAUUUGGGAUCCUUUCCUCUUACUGAUAGCAUGACUCAGCAGACUUAUCUGAGCAAUAGACCAAAUCAGGAAGCCGUUUGUUCAUCAAGUUAUGCAACGUCUACUGAUGCAUCAUCGUCAUCCCAUGCAGUUGGUGAUGGUGGUGAGAGCUUUAAUGCCUGGAAUUUUGCAUCAAAUCAGGAAGGUCAACCUAAUUUUGAUGGGAUGAAAGUGGAACAGGGUUGGUCUCCUUCAAUUUGCACACCCACUGGGGCUGGUCCUAGUUCAGCAACAAGGCAGUUGGAGCUGCAACAUAGUGUUCUUUUCCCUGAGACUGCAGUUUCGCGAAAUUCUGAUGCUAACCUCGUCCGUCAGAAUAACCCAAAUGCUGGCCCGAGUAUAAGUACCUUUCUGACUUGGGAAUCAGAAGAUGGGAACUCCACUGCAGUUCGGUCUGGGAAUUCUGCACACUCUUCAGGAAGCUCUAGUCACAUGGAUGGACGAAUUGCAGGCUCCAGCUCUUCCAUGGCUGCUUGGGGUUCAUCAUCUUGCAAGAGAAAGGCCCUUGAAGGUACCUCUGGGCAAUCAAACCCUUCUGCAAGUUCCAGUAGCAUUCCUCAAGCUGAAAAUUUCACAUGGCCAAAUGAAACUCCUCCUGCUGGUAAUGCCCCUGAUCCCAUGAAUUUGUCACCACCGUCCUCAUGGAACUCUCCUAAUGUUAAUUUCCUCGAGCACUUGGGUCCUAGCACUGGGCUUAGCAUGAGAGAAUCUGAUUUCGAGCCCUUCCCUCCGGUAAGUAUUACUAUGGGUAUGGGAGCUGCUAUUGGCCCAAGAGGUUUCGAUAGCAGAGGAAGUUCAGGGCCUCAGCAGGAACCCUUUACGUUUAACUUAGCAUCAUCACCCUUGUCAUCAUUGGGACAUUCAAGGCAUUCUAGUGGGUUUUCCCUGUCUCAUAGGCCUGGCCUGUCUGACCUGAGAUCAACUAGAGGCGCUCUUAUGAAUGCGAGUGCUUCACAGACAACCCAGUCAAAUGCAAUACAGGAACCUCAAUUGCCUAGAAACAGUUUGGGCAUUCCUUGGACUGGAGCCCAGCAUUCGAGGAGUGGCAGUUUUACCAGCUCCUUUCUUCCUGGAGGAUCCCUCGAUGAAGUGAACUCUGGAAGCAUGUCAAGGUAUGUGUCUGAGACCCCUGUGGUCUCUUCAGCUUCUGAGACAAGAAACAUGGUGCAGGAUCCGCCUAGCUGGGACUUAGCUGCUGGACUCACAAGCCAGAGCCCGAGCAACGUUUCUUCCUUUCGACGAGUCGGUCAAAGUUCCGGUAGCCGAUCAUCUCUCCCUCCUUUUGUAACUCCUCGGCCUAUGAGUCAGGAGAUUCGACGGGUGCUUGAAUUGACGCCUUGGGGUCCAGAAUUGUUCGAUGGCCAAAAUACUCAUUUACCUGGGCCGUCAUCUUCAGGACCUUCUUCUGGCCCACAGGGGAAUGGAAUUAACUCUCUGGGCCGUCGACAACAUUACCACAGGCCUGGAUUCUCUGUGGAUAGACAAGGCGAGGAGUUGUUGGCCAUGUCUGAGUCACCCCUUCGAGCUUUCAUUGGUGAUAUUGAAGGGAGAAACCGUGUAAUAGCUGAGAUUCGCCAAGUUUUGAAUGCUAUGCGCAGGGGAGAGAAUCUAAGGGCUGAGGAUUACAUGCUUUUUGAGCCGCUCAUGUUCCAAGGUUUGGCAGAAAUGCAUGACCGGCACCGGGACAUGCGUCUCGACGUUGAUAACAUGUCCUACGAGGAGCUAUUGGAACUGGAAGAACGAAUCGGGGAUGUGAGCACAGGGCUAAAGGAAGAAACCAUUUUGAAAUUCCUCAAACAGCACAAGAGUCAAAUGCCCGCCGGGGAAAAAUCCCUCAAGGAUUCAGAGCCUUGCUGCAUUUGUCAGGAACAAUAUGUGGACGGGGAUGAUAUCGGGGAACUGGACUGCGGGCAUGACUUCCAUGUGAACUGCAUCAAACAGUGGCUUACGCACAAGAACCUCUGCCCCAUUUGUAAAACCACAGGCUUAAUCACCUAAUUGUUUCGCCGUCUGCCGGAAAUAAAACACCAUCUGGAAAAAGAAAAGGAGAGACAUAUUUUACAUACAUAUAUAUAUAUAUAUAACUUCAUCCAAGAGAUUUUUGGGUGAUACCAUGUCGUAUGCUCAUUAUGUUUAUACAUAUAUUUGUCAUCUGAAUCCAAUUUUGAACCUUAUGUUCCGAAUAGAUUUUGGACUGGGAUUAACUUUCUGAUGUUAAUAUUCUUCUUCUUUCCCUUU